AUGCCUGUCGAUUCCGUUCUUCAACUCAGCUGCAGCUGCAACCAAUACCCUUGGGGAAAGCAAGGUCAUGACUCCAUCUCAGCACGUCUCUGCGAAAAGACUCCUGGUUGGGAUGGUGAAAAGGCCGACAAGGAAUUCAAGAUUGAUGACAACAAGUCAUACGCAGAGAUGUAUGUUCUUCGUUGCUUUCCAUACGAGAUACCGUUCUGA